AUGGGGAAUUGUCAUUCGGACACAACGGUCAACACGGAGGAUGAAGGCAUGGUCGUACCACCAAGUCCCGUAUCAACUGCGUCUCAUCGAUUCUUUAAUGCUCGUUCGAUGCAAAUCGCACACGAAACAUCAAAGAGUUCCUUCGAGUCACAUAACGUUUCCGAAACAAAGAGACUUCAAUCACAAUAUUCUUACAUGUCAAAUCUAUGGGAAUCAAAGAAGUUUCACUCUCCGCUUGACCAAAAGUUACGAGGCGGAGGGAUGAAGGUUCUUGACAUUGGGUGCGGCACGGGUGAGUGGAUCCUUGACAUGGCCAAAGAAUACCCGAACACACGAUUCUACGGUCUAGACAUGUUACCGAUUUAUCCGACCUCAUCUCUCCCCGAGAAUGUCAAAUUUCACCAAGCCAACCUACUCGAGGGAUUGCCCUUCGAGGACGAAACCUUUGACUUCGUGAAUAUGAGUCUUUUGGUCAGACACCUGACCACUAGGCAAUGGGAAGAUGUUGUGGUCAGAGAAUUGGUGAGAGUGACAAAACCCUUGGGAUUCAUCGAAUUGAUGGAAGGGGAUUUAAGUUUACACAAUCAAGGUCCGAUUACCGCAAAAUUGCAGGAAGCUUCUCGCGUCGAUGCAUGCCAGAGGUAUCAGUCCAAUGAUCGAGACGAUCAUCUCCAGGAUACUUACGACAAAUCCUCAAUUGCAUGGCUUGAAUGUCGAAACGCGAAUUGGCUUCUUGAACAGAGUUUGGAGACUGGUUUGCAAGUAUUCAAAAUGUUGAAAAAACCAAACCUGGAAUUUAUGAGUGUCACAUCGUCAGAAUAUGAUGAUAUGCUUACAUCCUAUGUCCAAGAGGUCGAAGAGUAUAACACAUAUUGUAGAUUUUAUCGAUUCUAUGUACAAAAAAUUGAUGUUUCACCUUCGCCCAUGACCUCGACCGACGAUCAUAAUCAUUUCACCGAGAUCGCAAGGUCCUCCUCUACUUACUCUAGGAACGCGUCGAAGAAUAGCAAUGCCAUCACACUCACAAGAAGUUACAGCACCAACACCAAUAACAAUUUUUCAUAUUCCUCUCAAACUCCAAGGA